AUUCUUGAUCGUCACCAUGUGCUUUGCGAGAGCAAGGGCGUCGUACGGCGGCUCCGUACCAGACACUCUGUAGGGUGAGGUUUCUAUUGCGGCUGCUCAACGGCGACCUCCGCGAAGAUCCACCCCUCUCUGGCUUCAUUGAUGGAGAAUGGAAAGACAGAGAAAAGCUAAUGGCAUUACAACACUCAAUCCUAAUCUCUCUCCGGCUGUCAUUAUUAACCGGUCCAUCUCAUCGUCAAUGCAUGAUGAUGUGCCGCAGAGAUACAAUCUCCUUGUCGAUGUAAUCUCAUCAUGAGCUCGUCUCGUCCACCACUGACACCGAUAGGUUCAGCUCUAGCAGGGGCACUUGGAGCAGUGGUGUCUAAUGCCGUCGUCUAUCCCCUCGACACGGUCAAAACUCGACUACAAGCUCUUCCUGAUGGUCCAUCCUUGCCGAGUCAUGCCACUGUCCCCGUUCCGCGACCAGCCAAGGGAGUACUUGGGCGAGAUGUCAUACGGAUUCCUGAACGACUGUGGGCCCGGAUUAAGAAAUUGAAGAUGUUAGCCAUGUUGAUCAAGAUCGUCAAGACGGAGGGUCUAGGCGGGACUUUCAAAGGCUUCACAGCUAACAUGCUUAACACCUUCUCUCAGCAAUUUGCAUACUUUUUCUUUCAUACAUGGAUCAGAAAAGCGGCCAUGGCCCGGCUGUACAAUCCUCACUCCCUUUCAACAUCUUCCGAGCUGUUGCUUGGCGCAGCGGCAGGCGCCUUGGCUCAGAUCUUUACCAUACCCGUCAGUGUAGUCGCCACAAGGCAACAACUGUGGACCCCAUCCGAUCAAGAUAGAUCCGCAGGUGUAUACGGUUUGAGCCUGUUGGAGACUGCAAAGGAGAUUGUGGAGGAAUCGGGUCCGUCGGGCUUAUGGACAGGAUUGAAACCUGGUUUGGUGCUCACUGUGAACCCUGCAAUCACAUAUGGAGCGUUUGAAAGGAUAAAGUCGUAUGUCUUGUCGUCGAGAGAGGGAGGCGGUGGUGCUGGGUUGAGUAUGAUGGAGAAUUUCUUCAUUGGAGUGACCAGUAAAGCUAUCGCGACAAUCGUGACAUACCCCUACAUCUUCGCCAAAGUUAGACUCCAGGCCAAGGCGGGUGACAAUGGUCCCGUACCAGAGCUCGCAGCUUUGGAAGCCUCCGUCGAAAAGGGAGUCUCUUACGCCGAUGCGGCAGCUCAAGAGCCCGCCAGUUCCGCGCCGGUCGUGGCCGGUCCUGAAAAAGGCGUCGACCCCAAGCGUCACCCACGACCGAAACACAAGCACGCUGGGGCGAUAACUCUACUCAGAGCGGUGUACGCGGAAAAGGGCUUCGGCGGAUGGUAUCAAGGUAUUGCAGCUCAGCUCAUCAAAGCUGUCUUGUGUCAGGGUAUACUUUUCGUCAGCAAGGAUCAAUUCGAGCGCUGGACCUGGCUCAUCCUAAUUACCUUGGCUCGACUUCGAGCGAGAAUUCCACUUGUAGCCAAGACAUAGAGAGCACAUGGUCCAUGCGAUGA